AGCAUUUGCCUGAAAAAUGUCUGAAGAAGAAGGCAAAGAAAAAAUGAACAAAAUGCGUAAGCGCAUCGAACGGGACGCUUAUAGUGUUCUUCUUUCUUUCAAAGAUGGAGCCUCACCGAAGCAGGUCGAGCAAAGAAUGGACGACACAUUAGGAUAUGACUACUGCUCGAAAUAUCACUUGGCUGGUGUUUACGACAUGGCUCAAAUUCUGAUCGAGCAUCCGGAUGUACGGCAAACUUACGAGGGAAAAUUCAAGAUCAUCGCAAACGAGGACAAUCAGGAUCUUGUGGAUUUGAUCUCGAAGCAGAGCGACGGACCUAGGAAUAAAGGUUCUUCAAAAAGAGGAAGACGUUCGUCAUCUUCUGCUGGAUAUCAUCAACGAUCUAUGUUUGGAGGAGAGCUGUCGAGAUCGCCACGAUAUUCCAGUUGUCGCCCUCGUUCGUAUGCUUCCUUUGGAAAAGCAGCGUCUAAAAAGUUAUUCCAAAACUUCGGGCAACCUUCUCGUCCUUUCUCGGUGUUGUCGUCAUCUAAAGCAUCCACUUCCUCGGCAAUCCAAUCCUUCGGAACAGGAAAUCAUGAUUCUACGUUUGGAAAGUCGAGUGGCUCAAAUGCGAAUCCAACAAAUCCGCCUGUAGCUCCAUCCAUUCAGCGCCCUCUCAUGCGCCCAUCAACUGCGUCUUCGAUUCCAAUCUUCAUUCUUCGUAGUGGAAGUCGAUCACCUGUCAAGAAGCAUGUGCAAAUUAAAACAUCUUCAAGCUCGUCUCAUAUGCCAACCAUCACGGAGUUCAUGAAUAAUACGAAGCGUAUGAUGGUGAAGGAGCUUCCAGCUUCUGUUCACCUCUCCGAGAUGACAGAACUCUAUGAGAGGGAAUUCGGUGCACCCGUAGAUCCACUAUUGUUGUUCAGCAAAAGCUGGAUGCUUAUGGCCAAGACAACAUUCAAAGAGUUUCUACAAGUUAUUGAUGGAGAAGUUUCGUUGAGGGAAAAGUGGCUAGCUGAUCAAGGAACAACAACCAAAUCGGUGCUUGAGUUGCCUUCUCGCAAAGUUGAAGCUACAACUGUUGCUCAGCUACCAAUAUCACAAGGGUUUAGAUACCAGGAUCCUAACUCAAAGCCGAAAGCUGACCUGGCUUCAAUCUCUAAGUCUCUGGACGGUCUUACUUUGAAUGCCAGAAAGAGCAAAAAGGAAGCAAGCAAAAGUGACAUGAUGCCAUUUAUUCCAAAAAAUCACCGAGAAAUUGUCACAAAGAGAUUCGGCAACGCUCCAAGCUCCGUGAAAGCUGAUUCUAUCGUUGAAAGAGUGCAGAGCACUUCUUGUAUCUUCGGUCGACAAUCAGUUCCAUCAGUCCUUUCAAUUUCCUCUUCUUCAACCGUUGUCCCGGAAAAGCUGAACGAAGAAGGCCUGAAAUACGAUUCAAAAGAGCUUCUGCAACUCAAAGCUUUGAAGAAGACUGAUGUCAUGUUAGUCAAUGUUUAUGCAUCGCUGAAAGCUUUUCCACAAAUGAUUGAUGCACGUGCGAAAGCUCUGAUGCAACAAAAUCUUGAAGUCCAAAGAAAUAUGGCAAGCCGUGCCAGCUUAAAUGUUGUUGCUCAAGUGCAGCGCCCAAGUUCAUCAAUCAACCUUCAACGUGUCAGGGUAAAUCCUAAUCAAUGUGUCAAGAAAGUGGUUCCAGUUAGAACCCUUGGACAGGCUCUCGCUGAAGUUAGGAGACAACGAGAACAGGUAGAGCAAGAAGCUUUCAAUGAGCAGCCAGAACCUUCACCUUCACCUCGUCUCGGCAUGGGCUCUUCUUCGCAUGCAGCCAGCAAUGUUUCAGAUGAUGGCUGGGGUGCUCAAGUCGUUCAGAAAGUCGAGAAGAGUCCACCCAAACCGUUUACCGUCUUGCUGCCACCAAUGUCAAAAGGAGCGGGUGUGAAAAUACGGCCUCGUUCUCGUGUUGUAUUAUGCCAUUCGUCAGCGUCCUCGUUUCCACCGUCGCUGAACUCCGAUUUCUCGCCGAACAUCUCCCAGGCGUAGUUGAAGCAGUGCUCCUGACACGUAUUUUAUAAUAUUUAUGUUUUUUUUGAAUAUUUUUCGUUAGUAUUUAUAUCUGAAUUUUGAACCAUUUUCGCUAUUUUCGUUUUUAUCACACUAAAUACUAGUGCCGACAAUCUUUUUAAAAAUUUUUAAAUGUAUCGUUUUCUCUAUUCACAAUUAAAUGGAGAAUAAGUCCCUUGGUUUAUUAUCAUGUAGAAUUGACUUUCCGCUUUAACGUCCAAAAUAAAUUAUUUUUCUC